AAAGAAAAUAACUCCAACUCCACUCAGUUUUCUCUAACUGUACAGUUAUCAGCUGGGAGAGCCUUCCCCCUCCACGAUACAGCAGCAAAAGGAAUAUUUGGAAUACCAAAGUGUUUUCUGUGCAGUGAUUUCUUUCUGGGAUCUCCAUUCUCCGCUGCCUCUAAAUAAAAAUUAAUCCGAGUUUGGAUCCAUCUGGUCUGGGGAUCAGGAAAAGCGACUCUCCAAGCAGAUCAAAGAUGUUUAUGAAGGUUCCAUUCUUCAUCCUCGUCCUAGGGAGUGUGCCCUUGGCAGCACUUGCUGAAGAAGCAAGCUCAGUUCUAGAAGGAGAAGAAAGUGCAACGAUUGAUUUCCGAGACAGAAAUGACACAGAGUUUGAAGCCCUGCCAACCCUGUUGCCCACCAGGCUACACAAUGUAACAAAUCUCUUGCAGUUUGGACACCUGAUGACCACAGAAAGUGCUUUUGUCCCGGAUGGAGACGGUGACAAUUCUACUGGUUAUGGAGUUAACACAGAGAGUGUCGAUGGUGAAGCGAGUGGGGAACCAGAGAAAACUGAAAAAGGUGGCCUGGAAACAAUUGCACUGGUUGGAAUAAUCAUUGGAAUUGUGGUUGCAGUUGGAAUCCUUGCAGGAAUAGUGAUUGCUGUCGUAAGGAAGAUGUCAGGCAGGUACUCGCCCUGAAAACAGUUGAAACAAGCAGCCAUGUCAUUCUAUGCCAGAAAAUACAAGUGCUUCUUAUUUUAUAAGAACUAAAGACUAUUCCUGCAUUUGUGUGAGAAGAUGAUCCAUGGAAAAUACGGUCAAAGCAUUCCAGAUCUAUGGGGAUCCCACACAGCUCUAAGGACCACCCCCACUCUCCCUGAUUCCAGAGUAUGGAACAUUCCAUAGCAUUUCUACUACCCAGGAUUUUACCAGAAGAAAAAAAGAUUUUGCAGUAAGAAAAAACCCUGCAGCAA